UGCCCAUCGUCCAACGGGCUCGGGUCUUGCUUUGCGUUGGGUAAAGGGGAAGGAAAAGAAAUACAUAAAAAGCUACCAAACAAGUAUAACUGUAAAGGCGAAAAAACACGACAGGAGUAAUGAGACGCUUCAGCCGAUGAGUGGGACGCAGUAUUAUAUUUGAAACAAGACAAUCCCACGUUACAUCGGUGUAUCCCUACUCACGUUCAAGUGCAGGGCCACCUUUGAUUCGAACAUUUUUUUUAUUUCAUUUCUAUUUUUGUUUUUAAUAAAUAAGAACUGUACACGCUGACCGAAUAAAUUACUGUUAUUUCGGCCGAAUCGGAAAAGAUCUGUCUGAUCGUGAGCAAACAGCCAAUGGAUCAGACCUUGUAAAUGUAUAUUCAGAUACACGUAAUAAACGACGACGAAUAGUUAACGAGUCAACGAGGAUACGAACGAGUAGACUGCUUGUUAGAAUGCAGAGAUAAUUCUUGGUUAUCGAUCGAUAAUUAACACCUCGGAUUGCCGCUUCAACGAGACCCUUCGGAAGUUACUCGCCGCAAUUCUGCACGUUACCUAGAAAUCGUGACUACGUUACGGACAGGAAUCCACAAGACGAAUUGCGCUUUUGACAAUAGUUUAAAUAUUUUACAAUUCAAUGUUACGAGUAUUGAGCUACAUAGUGCUGGGAAAAUUUGCUUGUCAGGAAUUGACUGUACAAACAUUUUACUCGACGAAAUUCAUGUGGACAUAUCUGUAAGUGGAAUUGGAAUCACUCGGAGGAAUACCUUUGGCGAAUAUAUUAUUAGAACAUUGAGUACUUUCGGAUCGUUUUUAAAGCCGAACAGAGUUGCCGUCAGGUGUUUACGUACUAAGAAGAAUUGAUGAGAAAUAUUGAAAUGAUGCUACGCAAUUGAUAGAUUUUAACGUCGAUUCACUAAGAGAAUUUGAAUCACUUUCUACUUGGAACUACGAAUGAUUCUCUAGCUGAGAUUGAACGAAUUUGAGAAAAUUCGCCAAAGAAUCCUCAUAUUAUAUCGCAGCGACAAGUUAUCAACGAACAACAAUUUCCCGACAAGGAGCCUGUGGCGUUUCACAAGCAGAAGACAGAGCUGGUCGCAUCAUUGACUGUGAGUUUACCACUGCCGGAAACUGGACCAACAAUCGUGUGCACCCAGCACUUCUGGGUUCGCUUUUGGCACUUCGGACUCCGACAUGUCGAAAACUAGUGUCGACUACUUCAAAUCGGCGGAAAGUGGUGUGCAGCUGACAGAGGGCGUCAUUAGGAACCCGCAGAAGUACACCGCACUUGGACUGCUCGGCCCCCCCGAGACGAAGUUGUACAAAAAACGAUGGGCGAUUCUGGGGAUCUUCGUUUUCUACAGCGCCAGCAAUGCGAUGCAAUGGAUCCAGUACAGUAUAAUCGCCAACAUCGUGAUGAAGUAUUACGACGUGACAGACGAGGCCGUCAACUGGACCAGUUUGAUUUACAUGGUCCUCUACAUCCCAUUCAUAUUUCCCGCCAGCUACCUCUUGGAUAAAUUGGGUCUACGCGUAGCCGUGAUCAUCGGUGCUAUUGGCACUGCGACCGGGGCAUGGAUAAAAGUAUUCAGCGUUGCCCCGGACAGAUUCUUGGUGACUUUCCUGGGUCACUCCGUCGUCGCGCUGAGUCAAGUUUUCGUCUUAUCUGUGCCUUCUCGCCUCGCCGCCGUCUGGUUUGAUCCCGACCAAGUGAGCAGCGCUUGCAGCAUCGGCGUGUUCGGCAACCAGCUUGGCGUGGCCGUGGGCUUCUUAUUUCCGCCGAUGUUAGUCAAAAACAGCGAAGACGUGACGGUCAUUGGAGAUGGUCUACAAACUAUGUUCUACAUCGUAGCUGCGAUAACAUCGGUUAUCCUGGUCCUUAUCCUGUUGUUCUUCAAGGCUGAACCCCCCUUACCGCCCAGCUCCGCUCAAGCUGUACAAAGGGAGGCUGAGACUUCGGAAAAUUUCCUAUUUUCUGUGAAAACUCUGCUGCUCAACAAGGGAUACCUCCUGCUUCUCCUCAGUUACGCGAUAAACGUCGGCAUUUUCUACGCCCUGAGCACUCUUCUGAGUCAAAUAAUACUUCCAUAUUACCCAGGCCAUGAAACAGACGCGGGAAGAAUUGGUCUCGUUAUCGUUCUUGCCGGCAUGUUGGGAUCAGUUUUGUGCGGCGUAGUCCUGGACAAAACGCACAGAUUCAAAGAAACGACACUCUGUGUGUACAUAUUCUCGUUCCUGGGAAUGAUGCUCUUCACAUUCACAUUGGAUUCCGGUCACAUAUACGUCGUGUAUCUCACUUCAGCCAGCUUGGGAUUCUUCAUGACCGGCUACUUGCCAGUGGGUUUCGAGUUCGCGACGGAAUUAACGUACCCGGAACCGGAAGGUACGUCGGCGGGACUUUUGAACGCUGCGACUCAAGUGCUCGGGAUCUUAUUCACGUUGCUUUACUCCCAUCUCUUCACAAUCUGGGGUAUAUUUUGGGCGAAUAUUGGUCUGUGCGUUACGUUAGGCUUCGGAUGUCUCAUGACCACUCUUAUACCGAAUGAUCUUAGGAGGCAAAAGGCCAAACUCUGAAUAUAAGCUUCUUUCAGUCGUUAGUUUGAACGACGAAGGAGUUAAAACUUGACAAGAUGUAUCAGGUCCCAAGUUUUGUACCUCCGUACGAGAAGCUCGGAGCUCGAGUAAUCUAAGGAACUUGUGAUGUCGAUGAUAGAGUGGUUGAUAGUAGCUUUACGCGUAAUCCAGAGAACCCCUGGAAACAUAAAACGGCCAAUGAAAUCCGAGGAUUGUUAGUCGGUAGAACUAUUGCACGGAUUAAAUUAGUAUAACCAGAUUAGAGAGAUUACAGAGAGUAUGAAUUAUAUUAUAUUUUAAAUAUGAAGUACAGGUAUUAGUCAAUGUAUAAAGUUACUAACGUCAUCGUCAGUCAUUACGCUCUGUAACGUGCAACUCGUUUACACGGCGAGAAGUAUUACUUACUUUUCUCUCUAGCCAAA